AAAUUUAUCACCAUAAAUAUAAUUCCAUCACCAGCACCACCAUUUCGAUCUUCUUCCUCCCUUCCUUCCUUCCUUCUCUCUCUGAAUUGUUGCAUAUUGUAGCCAUGCAUGGGAGAGUGUUGUCAAGGGCUCAAAGAAAUGAGCUCGUUGCAUGGGGUGGAGUGAUUGUCAUGGCAGUUGUCUUCUCCGGCGCUGUGGUCUCUAGAGCUGCUGCCGACGCCGGCGGAGAGAAUUUAAUUUUUGACGUCUGCAAGUCCACUCGGUACCCGGAGGCGUGCGAGGAGUCGCUGGCGGAGGCGGCAGCAGUCUCUGCGAAGGCGAGCCCGAAGAAGGCGUUCCAAGUAUCGGUGGAGUACGCGAAGGGCCGGGCCAGGACGGCGCUCGGAGUGGCCUACAACCUGACGUCGACGUCGGCGUCGAAGUCAACGUCGAAAGGUCAGCCGAGCGUAGCCGACUGCAUCGAGCUGCUGGCCGCCACGCUGGAGCAGCUGGACGACGUGCUGGAUCCCGGCGCUAGCUUCCACGACUCCAAGACCUGGCUCAGCGCCGCCCUCACCAACCAAGUGACCUGCGCCGACGGCCUCUCUACCGUCAAGGCAAAGGGCGGCGACGCCCUGAGUGCCCAGGUCGACGCCCUCUCCCGCUACAUCAGCAACUCCCUCGCGCUCCAGGAGAAGGUCAAGGAGUCGAAACCCGCUUCGAUCUCCGGCGGCCGGAAGCUGCUCUCCGAUGGCUUUGUAUCUCCGGUACAUCCAAAUGCUUCCAGGAAAUCCCCCGAAGAUUUUCCGGCGUGGGUGAUGGCUGGAGUAAGGAAGCUCUUGGAGGCUUCUAAUCCGGCGGAGGUCGAGGCCGCCGCGGUGGUUGCUAAAGAUGGCAGCGGGACGCACGCCACCAUCAACGAGGCUCUCAAAUUCGUGGCCUCAAUGGCUUCCAAAGGCAAAAGUAAAAAGAGUAAAGGCGGCGGCGGCGGAGGCGGAGGUGGAGGCGGAGGUGGAACAAAAGUGAUAUACGUGAAGACAGGGACGUACAACGAGUACAUCAACAUCCCCACCAAACAGAGGAAUGUAAUGUUGAUGGGCGACGGCAAGGGCAAAUCCGUCAUUGUAGGCAGCAGAAACGCCAAUGACGGGUACACCACGUACGGCUCCGCCACCGUCGCGGCAAUGGGGUCGGGAUUCAUAGCGAAAGGCAUAACGAUCAUCAACAAGUCAGGGCCGAGCAAGCAUCAGGCGGUGGCGCUCCGAGUGGGCGCCGACAAGUCGGUGGUGUAUCAGUGUUCGAUCCAGGGCUACCAGGACACGCUCUACACCCACUCCAACCGCCAAUUCUACUCCGACACCGACAUCUACGGCACCGUCGACUUCAUCUUCGGAAACUCCGCCGUGGUCUUCCAGAACUGCUACAUCCAGCCCCGGAAGCCGGGCGGCGGUCAGAGGAAUUCGAUCACGGCCCAGGGCCGGACCGAUCCGAACCAGAACACCGGGAUAUCGAUCCAGAAGUGCCGAAUCCAAGGCGCGGCCGACCUGGGCGGGACCCGGACGUACCUCGGCCGGCCGUGGAAGAAGUACGCGAGGACGGUGGUGAUGCAAACUUACAUGGACGACUCGAUCGAGUCCGCCGGGUGGGAGGAGUGGUCCGGGAGCUUCGCUUUGUCGACGCUUUACUACGGCGAGUACGCCAACACCGGACCAGGAGCGUCCGUAUCGGGGCGCGUGAAGUGGGCCGGCGUCCACCCGUCGCUCUCCGCCGCGGAGGCGUCCAAGUUUACGGUGGCUGAGUUCAUCGUCGGCAACUACUGGUUGCCCAGUACUGGCGUCGGCUUCACUUCCGGACUUUAAUUAAAACAAUCGCCGAACUGUUUGCUUUGCAUGCACGUGUUUACUUUAGUGCCUUGAUUAACUUAAUUAUAUGCCUUGUCUGUGAGCAAAUAAUGGCCGUCGAUAGGCCUUGCCUUAAUUUGAAAUGUAUAUUGGACCUUGAAGCCAAUGCAUUUGGGUCUUUUAUUU